GUCCUCUUUGUCUUCACAGCCAUAAAUAUCUUCCUCCUCUCUCUUCCAAUGGCUCUUUGACUCCUCUGCAAAAAUGAUCAAAGCGUUCGCUUUUCUUCUGCUCCUAGUCGACUUCGUCUCCACGCCUUCACAAGCCAAAUUAAGCAUCCUGCAACCCCAACCUGCCGCAGGCUUCAACGUCAGCCAUGUACAGAGUGCCGGGAGUUGCUCUUAUACGGUUGAUAUAACCACCAGCUGCUCCUCAACGAGGUACACAAGGGAUCAAAUCAGUAUCUCAUUCGGGGAUGUUUAUGGCAACCAGAUUUAUGCUCCGCGACUAGACGAUCCAUCCUCGAGAACGUUUGAGAGUUGUUCUACGGACACAUUUGAGAUAUAUGGACCCUGUGCAUACCAAAUCUGCUAUGUCUAUCUUUACAGAACAGGACCAGAUGGUUGGAAACCGGAGAGUGUGAAAAUCUAUAGUCAUAAUUCCAGGGCUGUUUCGUUCUACUACAAUACCUUCAUUCCCAGUGACAUUUGGUAUGGAUUCAACUUGUGCCAGAAUGCUUCCUCUUCACACCGGCAAUCUGCUUAUGGAUGGUUUAUAUAUGUUUUAGUUGGGCUUCUUGUGUCGCUUCUCUUGUAGUUUUGCACUUGCCAUAGGUAUAAUGGCUCCUAGAGGUUUUCUAGUC